AUGCACUCCAGCCUCGUGCGCGUCCAGAACGUCUUCGGCUUCUUCACCUCCGUCGCAUUCGCCGUAGCAGCAGCGAUCGCAGUCAGCGUCCUCCUGAGCCCACAGACACCCUCCGCCAGCCUCGAGCUCAAGAACGUGAAAGUAGCCAAAGGUCGUCCGCACUACUACUCCCCCAAACGCGAAGAAUACGCACACGUAACCUUCGACCUCACCACCGACCUCACCUCCCUCUUCAACUGGAACACCAAGCAAAUCUUCCUCUGGGUCGAAGCCUCCUACCCCAGCACCUCACCCUCCACCAUCCCACCUUCCGAAGCCGUAGUCUGGGACGCCAUCAUCCCCUCCUCCUACGCGCCCUUCCACCAGAACACUUACAUCCACCCCACGCCCUCCUCCAAGAAACUCACCGCCAAGGAGAAGAAAGCGCUCAAGAACAAGAAAAGGAUUCCAUACCCAGCGGGCGGCAGUGCGGGGAUUGUGAGACUCGAGGGCCAGAAGCCGAAGUAUCAGAUUACGGAUGUGACGGGGAAGAUUGCAGAGAGGGAGAAUGCGACGUUGACGCUGCAUUGGAAUGUACAGCCGUGGGUGGGCAUGUUGACGUGGACGAAUAGGAAGUCGUAUGGGAGGUGGGAGGGGUUGAAGGGAGGGAAGAGUGAGGUGUUUACGUUCCCGGCGUUGAAGGGGAGUGAGACGGUUAAGAAGGAGGAUAUGAAGACGGAGACGGGUGGGGAGAAGAAUCGGGGGAGUCCUGCGUAG